AUGUCAGUACCUAAUUCAAAAGAGCAGUCGCUCUUAGAUGACGCAUCCACAUUGUUACUGUUUUCUAAAGGAAAAAAAAGAACUGAAGAAGCCUCAAAAAUAGAUUCUAAAGCUGAUAUUAUUGAGCAUAAUCAGUGCCAUGAGAGGGAAAAAAAGGGAGCAGUAGCAAUGGCAGCAACAGCAUUGGCUACAGCAGCUACAGUUCCUUUAGCUUUGAAAAAAAUUACUGAGCAAUCGACAGUAGAAGCAGCAACAUCCACCACGGCAAAGGAAGAGAUCGAAAAGCAGCCUCAAUGGCCGGUACCUGAUUCGUACAUAGUCGAUCCUGACGCGGGUAUAAUUACAUGUAUAUGUGAUUUGAAUGAUGAUGAUGGAUUCACUAUCCAAUGUGACCAUUGCAAUAGAUGGCAGCAUGCUAUUUGUUAUGGGAUCAAGGAUAUUGAAAUGGCACCCGAUGAUUACCUCUGCAACUCCUGUGAUCCAAGAGAAGUAGAUAUUGACUUAGCUAGGCGAAUACAACAAGAACGCAUAAAUAUAAAGACCGUAGACCCCUCUACACCUAAUAAUAGUGCCAGUAAUAAGGAUAACGGUCGGGACAGAGCUCCAAGUACAACUAUCAGUGAUGGUGGCGAUAGCUUGUCAACGAAUCAAGAGAAUAGUAACUACAAGGACAAGAGGAGGAAAAGAAACCCAUCGAGUAAUAGCAUAGACCUCAAAAACGGAAGCACUUCAGCCAAUUCUUCCGAGGGAUUGGCUAUUAUGGCAAAAAAAAAAGAGCAUUUUCUGAGUGCCAAAGAUGCAUAUGGUGCAAUAUACUUGCCUUUGAAAAAAAAUGUGUUUAAGAACGAUCUGGUCGAACCGUUCUUAAAUAAACAUAUGGAGGAUAACUGGGUCAUACAAUACCCUCAUAAAACUUUCAAAUCUCUGUCUAUUGAAGUCAAACCGUAUGCUGAUAUUGCAUAUUCCAGGACUUAUCCAGGCUUUACGAAAUUAGGAGUUUAUCUCAAAAGGGACUGUAUGAAAGGUGAUUUCAUUCAGGAGAUUUUAGGAGAACUGGACUUCUACAAAAAUUAUCUCACAGACCCGCGAAAUCAUUACAGAAUAUGGGGCACAGCUAAAAGAAGGGUCAUUUUCCAUUCUCAUUGGCCGAUAUAUAUAGACGCACGCCUAUCAGGGAACUCAACUAGGUAUUUGAGAAGAAGCUGCCAGCCGAAUGUUGAAUUAGUAACCAUAAAAUUACAAGACGCAGACAAUAGAAAUGACAAAAGCAAUGGAAUAAAAACAAAUAGAAUAAAGUUUGUUCUGAGAGCUUUGAGAGAUAUUUCAGAGGACGAGGAGUUAUACAUCAAGUGGCAGUGGGAUUCAAGACAUCCUAUAUUAAAAUUAAUCGAGGGCACGACAAUAGACUCUUUGAAUGACCUUGAAAAGUAUGGCCUGAUAAAUUCAGUAGAAACAAUUUUAAGUAACGGCGAAUGUGGUUGCGGGAAUAGUUCUAAAGAUUGCUAUUUACUGAAAGUAAAGAGGUAUUCGCAAAGUAUCUAUAAAUCUGUGAAAUCCAGGGGGAAAAUGAACAAUAGAUAUAAGCUGAAUGAAAUUCUUAACCAAUAUGAGCACAAAAAGAGACGUGAACCGCCAAUUUUACAUAGACUAGAAGAAAAGGCUCAAUAUAAAAUCGAAAGAGCUCCAAUGCUUUUGAAUAAUUUUCAUCAACAAAAAUUUUUCAAUCGAAAUGAUGGUACUAAAAUUUCUCAGAAGGAUAUUAUCGAUAAUGAAAAAGAUGCUAAUGGUAUUGCGAAACCCUUCAAAUUCGCUUUAUUCGCACAGUAUUCUUCUAAUAUCUCUGUUUCCAAAAAGAAAGAAGCUACAGGAAAACCUUUUAUAAUUAAGAAAAGCUCAGAUUAUGAUGAAUCUCACAUUACUAAUAUCAAAGAAUUACCAAUUCCAGUUCCUUUACCAAUAACCAAGACGUCAAGGCAAACUGCAAAUGAUCUCGAAAACGGACAAUCAAAGGAUGAACACACAUUAACUAGGACCCCUUCUCUUUCAAGUUUCAAUAAAGAAUUAUCAAGGGAAGCACCGCAUAAUCAAUCGAAAACUAAAGAGACUAUGACAGAAGCUUCAACCAAUUCAAGGCAAGAAUCGUCACCAGAAAGUUUAAGGCACUUAUCUGAUUUUUCUUCCUCCCAACUUCAUUCCAAAAAAAAAUUAAGUUUUGCGGAUUACAGAAAAAAGCUACUGAAAUAA